UGCAGCGCCCAUGGGGACAGGACGACUUUAAAGGAGUUUGGGGGGGGUUUCUGGCGCUGGGCGACCACGGAUCCGGCGAUUCCUGCCCUCGCCUCGCCCUGUCAUUGAUGGGAAAUCAACUGGAUCGCAUCACCCACCUGAAUUACAGCGAGCUGCCGACCGGGGACCCCUCGGGGAUCGAGAAAGACGAGCUGCGCGUCGGGGUGGCUUACUUCUUUUCGGAUGAGGAGGAGGACCUGGACGAGCGAGGCCAGGCAGACAAGUACAGCGUGAAGGGCUCCGGCAGCCCUGGCCAGGAGACGCCCACCCACCACCUCCACCACCAGCUGGUGCUGAACGAGACCCAGUUCUCCGCUUUCCGCGGCCAGGAAUGCAUCUUCUCCAAGGUCAGCAGCGGCCCCCAGGCUGGGGACCUCAGCGUCUACUCGGUGUCAGCCCUGCCUGCCCUCUGCAAGCCGGGGGACCUGCUGGAGCUGCUCUACCUGGGGCCGUCGGAGCACCCGCCGCCGCACUGGGCAGUGUACGUGGGCAGCGGGCAGAUCAUCCACCUGCACCAGGGGCAGAUCCGCCAGGACAGCUUGUACGAGGCGGCCGGGGGCAACGUGGGCCGGGUGGUGAAUAGCUGGUACCGCUUUCGCCCGCUGGUGGCUGAGCUGGUGGUGCAAAACGCCUGCGGGCACCUGGGCUUAAAAAGCGACGAGAUCUGCUGGACUAACUCCGAGAGCUUCGCCGCCUGGUGCCGCUUCGGGAAAAGGGAGUUCAAAGCCGGGGGGGAGCUGCAGGCUGCUGCCGGCACCCAGCCCCAGCAGCAGUACCAUCUCAAGAUCCACUUGGCGGAGAACAAGGUGCACACGGUGAGGUUCCACAGCCUGGAGGAUCUAAUACGCGAGAAGCGCAGGAUCGAUGCCAGUGGCAAACUGAGGGUGAUCAAAGACCUGGCUAUAGUGGAUGGGAAAGAAUAGGGAGUAGCAGGGGUACAUGGCUAUCUUCCUUCUGCCCUGCCUGGGGAGACCAGCCUUCCACAGAGACAGGAGCCUGCACCCUCUUUCCAUGGGACGCGACAGGAAGCAGGAUCCAUGGCAACAUUCCGAAAAACCAGCAUUCUUUACACCCAUAGCCAGUAUUUUGUUUGGCUUUUAAUAGCAUUAAUGCUGAAAGAGCGAGAGAGGAAGAAAAGAGGGGGGAGGUGCAGGAAGGCUGCUCUCAGAGUACGUGGACAAAGUCUCUCCUGUUGAUCGAUGUUGACCAUUCUAGCAACACGCCAAUAAAAUUUCAAAUUGAAAUUUUUUUUUAAUUUUUAUUUCAUGGCUUUAAUCCAUGAUAAGUUUUAAACAUCUGGGGCCAUGGAUGUGGAUCUAGCUAAAUGAGUUUCUAGCUAAUAUUUGCCUUGCAGCCAACCAAAAGCAUCAGUCAUAGUUUGCUAACU